UGGCUGCGGAGUCCCGGCGGUCACUACUGCGACCAUGGAUAGCGAUGGAGCGUUGGGAGGGAGGCGGCGGCCGAAGCAGAGCAGCUAUUCACCGCUUCAACGGCGAGGGGUGCGGAAUCGCAGAGCACAUGAUGCACGCCUAUUCGUUCCGCGAUCGCCGCUUGUGGCGCAAGCUUGCACGUGACUGCGCGCCGCAAGUUCGCGCGUCUAGGCCGCAGCGGGCCCCGUAACGCUCAACAUCGCCCACCCCGCCCCUCCGCCUCUCCCAUCUCCCACAGCUCAGCCUCGCAAGCAACAGUCAACGAGGAAACCAAAGCGAGUUGAGUGCGCGGCGACCGCGCGAGAGGCAUCAUGUCGCAGAUCGACCGGAUGCAGAUCAUGGGCAUCCGCUCCUUCGGACCCAACAAAGGCGAGGCGAUCCAUUUCACCUCGCCACUGACCCUGAUCGUUGGCUGGAACGGAUCCGGAAAGACCACCAUCAUCGAAUGUCUCAAAUAUGCCACCACCGGCGAGCUGCCCCCUAAUAGCAAGACCGGCGGCGCCUUCAUCCAUGAUCCGAAUCUGUCCGGCGAGAAAGAAACUGUGGCCCAGGUUAAGCUGUCCUUCCGAUCCACCGCUGGAGUCCGCAUAGUAGCCACCCGUAACCUGCAACUUACCAUCAAGAAGACGACGCGGAGCCAGAAGACCUUGGAAGCCGUGCUGCAGAUGAAGCGAGAUGGCAUGACCGAAACCGUCUCCUCGCGCGUAGCCGAGUUGGAUCAAAUCAUUCCGCAGUAUCUCGGUGUCUCGAAGGCCAUACUGGAGAACGUCAUCUUCUGCCACCAGGAGGAUAGCUUGUGGCCGAUGAGUGAGCCUUCGACCUUGAAGAAGAAGUUUGAUUCCAUUUUUGAGGCCGACAAAUAUACGAAAGCUAUCGAGAACAUAAAGGCAAUUCGGCGCGACAAGGCUACCGCGCUCGCGACCUUUCAAACUGACGAAAAGUAUGCCAAGGAAGACAAAGAGCGGGGCGAGCGCAGCCAGCAACGCCAAAUAGCCCUCUACGACCAGAUUGAGGAAAUGAAGAGCCGAUAUACUGAGAUCCAUACACAGUGGGAUGAAGCGCACCAGAAAUCUUCAGACGCCUUCGACACUGCCGCUCGCUUCAAUCAGAUCGUUGCUGAACUCAACGGCAAACGCAUUACGUUCAACGCGAACCAGGAGAGUGUAGCCGCACUAGAGGACAACUUAAAGCGGAUGACAGAGACCGAUGCAGAGCUGGAGUCCAUGCUCGAGCAGUUCGAUGACCGGGUGGAACGUUACGUCGAGCAGCAAGACGGUCUCCGCCAACAAUACAGCGCACUCAAGCAGGACCUUGAUGACAACCGCAACUCUCUGGGAGCGAAACAGAGCGAGAUCGGCAAGUACAAGGCCGAGCAGGAUCAACAUGCCCGCAACCUUCAAAAGCGCGAGAACAUCAUUAAAGAGACAGCCAAACGCCAUGGCAUUCGUGGCUUUGAUUACGAUAUCACAGAUGACCAGGUUGCUGAAUUCCAGAAAAUUGUUGGCAGAAUGUCCAGGGACCAGAACAAGUCUCUUGAACGAGCCCGCACAGAUGCCCAGAAAGACCUCCAGCAAGCGCAGGCUGAGGUUAACCGUCUUAGCGAAGACAAGUCGGUAUUGAGUCAACGCAAAGAUAUUGCGAAGUCCCAGAUCACAUCGAACGACAAGAGGAUAUCGGAUUUACAGAUUGCCAUGAAUCAAAUCAAGGCGGACGAAGGAGCUGAAGCAAUCCUCUCCAACAAGAAGGAUGAAACAGAGCAACGACUUCGCAAAGCUAUUUCCGAGGCCAACACUGCUCGGUAUGACGAGCGCAUGCAAGAAGCGGAGAAGACGGCGCGCAUCGUUGAUGACGAGAAGGAGCGUCUAGAAGCAGAACUUGUCGAUGCCACCAAACUUGCGCGCGAGUCGGCUCAGAUUGAUCUCGCCCGAGACAAGCUGAAAGGAACAACGCGUAGCUUGGAGACGAUGAAGAGCGUACAUUCCUCCCGCAUUUCACAGCUCGUUGACCCGGAGUGGGAGCCUGCCACGCUGGAAGUCGCCUUCAAGCAAGUUGUCUCUCAAAAGGCGGCCAAAGUGAAAGAAGCCGAAUCCCGGCGUGAUAUUGCCCAGAGCAAGCUCGACAAUAUCAAUUUCAAGCUGGCCAGUGUCGAAUCUGAGCAAAAGAAGAAACGUGCGGAGCUUCAGAAGUACGAGAAGGCUGUCCUGGACGCCAUCCAGAAGGAGGACUUAUCGGAUUUCGACGAAACUCUUCGCGAGCUGGAAGACGAAUAUAACUUUGCGUCAUCCGACCAGGCGAAGAUUGAAGCUCAGCUGGAAUACAUGCGCUCUUGUUUGCAGGUCGCGAAAGAGCACAACCAGUGCCGACUCUGUAAGCGGACGCUGCGCGAUGACAAAGCUGAGCAUUUUAGCAAGACCGGAUUCAUCUCUAGUCUGGAAGGUAUCGUUGCCAAAGCCAUGCAGAAUGCUCAGGCAGAGAAUGCCGAGGAACUGUUGGCCGAGCUCGAGCGCGUGAGAAAUGCAAAGCCGAGCUACGAGAUGGCUAUGCGCGCACGAGACACGGAUCUGCCCGCUCUUCAAGCUGAGCUUGCCAAGUUAAUCUCCGAGCGAGACUCCAUCAACAAGCAGCUGGAGGAGCACGACGGUAUCAUCUACGACCUGCAGAACGCGCAACAGGAGGUCGAGUCGCUGUCUGUCGAUGUCCAGUCGAUUGUCAACUACUACAAUCAAGCUCGUGAGCUCGAUGACCAGAUUAGCGACCUCGCAGAGAAGCAGAAGGCCGGGGGCCUCUCUAGAGGUAUCGACGCGGUCCAAGAAGACCUCAACAAGGUGAAGGUGGAGAGCCGGAACGCCAAGGCGGCAUUAGCGAGCGUCACAACGGAGCGUGACAAGUCACGAACGCUCACCAACUCACUGGAGCUCCAAGUCCGCGAUAUUAACGCCGAGCUGAAUAAGGCCCAGACCCAGUUGAAGGAGAAGCGCACUUUUGCGGAGCGCAUUGAGGAGCUCCGCACACAGAACGCCGAGCAGCGGGACGCGAUGCGUGGCUUCGACAAGGACAUACAGGGCCUUAUCCCUCAGAUGGAACAAGCUCAACUCAAGUAUGACGAUGCCAAUCGGCGAGGUACUGAGCGAGUUCAGCAUAUACAGGAGGAGGCUUCAAAGCUCUCUGAUAGCUUCCGCCAGCUGACCUACGCCGAGCAGGAGAUUAGUGCAUAUAUCGAUAAGGGCGGUCCACAGCAACUAGCCCGAGCUCGUCGGGAAAUCGAGAACCUCGAGGGCGAGAUCAACCGGUUCGAGGAUGAGAUUCUACAGCUCACUCGUCAGAUCAAGAAAAUGGAAGAUACCCUACGCGAUGCUGAGCACCACAGGCAAUCUAUCAACGACAAUCUUCGGUAUAGGAGGGCUAAGCGAGCUCUGGAGACGCUACAAACUGAAAUCGAAGAGCUUGAGUCGCGCAACGCCGAGACUGACAAGGAGCACUACACUCAAGAAGGCCAGUACUGGCAGAAUGAGUUCCACCGCUUAAACGCCGAUAAGAUCACUCUCGAGACGUCCAUGAAGGAGAAAGACAACCAGUUGACGGCGCUCGGGGAAGAAUACAAGGCGCUAUACCAGGAUGCCGCCCAGAAAUAUCGCGAGAUGCAUAUCAAGGUCGAAACCACCAAGGCGGCUUGCGAAGACCUGGCACGCUACAGCACCGCCCUCGACAAUGCUAUCAUGAAGUAUCAUUCGCUCAAGAUGGAGGAAAUCAACCGCAUCAUCGACGAGUUGUGGCGCAAUGCAUACCAGGGUACUGACGUCGACACCGUCCGCAUUCGAUCAGACAAAGAGACGGCUAGGGGCAACCGCUCCUACAACUACCGCGUAGUCAUGAUCAAGAACGGGACUGAGAUGGACAUGCGUGGGCGCUGCAGCGCGGGUCAAAAGGUUCUUGCCAGCAUUGUUAUCCGGCUCGCCCUGGCGGAGUGUUUCGGCACCAACUGCGGUCUCAUCGCACUCGACGAGCCUACUACGAACCUUGACCAGCAGAAUAUCAAGGGUUUGGCAGAGUCUUUGUCGCUGAUCAUCCAGACACGGCGCAAGCAGGCCAACUUCCAGCUGCUUGUCAUCACCCAUGACGAGCAGUUCCUGCGUGAGAUGAACUGCGCCGACUACACUGAUGUGUACUGGCGAGUUGGACGGGAUGGGCAGCAGGAGUCGUACAUUGAGCGGCAGAACAUCUCUGAGGUCUCUUAAUCUAGCGGUCUUCCUUUCGACACUGAUUUCGGUCGCAUGGCAUAGCGGCGUGGCGUAGCGGAGCGUUAUUAUCCUUCUCGCUUUUGCAAGACAUCAUCUUCGGCGUUAUGGUAUCUAUAUCGGCCUGAUGGGGCCUCAGGCACUGGCUUCGCACGAUCUGGGAAGCAAUAUCACAUAUAUGCAUGGCUCAUAGCUAAGUAGUCACGCUCUAUGGGAAAUGCUCACGGUCUUGGCAUACAUCUUCACGUCUGCGUCAUGCAAUGGCUGAUUUCUUGCUCACAUUAGCCUAUUGCCAACACUGGCGAUACUGAAGUUUG